AUACUGCCAAUGACUACCAGCAACUAUUUGACUACCAGCACUCUUCAAAAUAUCAUCUCCUGUAAAAGAAACUUAUACAUGCUGAGGCAAGUUAUACGUCUUGCAUGGUUGGAACAACUUGACGUUGAGUAAAUGAUGACAGAACUAUCCCUUUAAUAAAACACGCAAAUGGUUUCAUGUCAUCACAUCACAUCUGUACUAUGACUUUUGCUUGUGUUUGCAAUCAAUGAAGUGGGCCUAAUUGCCGACAACCUGCUGAUGUGAAGUAGUUUUGGCACAUCGCUGGUGCAAUGCAACUGCUUUGACAGAAAAGACAGUAGAAGUAAAAUGUGUCUAAUGCUAUAAGAGGAAGGCCACAGCACCCUACCCCCAAUCUCACAAAAUUAAUUUCUGAGUAUUUCUCUAAAUAGUCAGGAUAAAAAUGUAAGUGUCUGAACAAGAUGUCAUAUGACCACAGUGAUGCAUUAUUAAAUUGAAACCCAAAAAGCAGAACUUCAGAGCAGUCUAGUCUACUUGAAACAAAAGUUUCCACACUUAACUCUAGCAGACUGAAUGCAGUAUGUCUAACUCUGGCAACAUGAACAUUUCUGAUAAACAUGGGAUGGAAAGAGAAUAUGAAGAGAUGGAUAUAAAGAGCAGUAAUGUCAAUGCAGAAAGAGAGUACAUGAACAACAAGAGAUACCAAACACCUCGAAAUACAGUGAGGAUAAGAAACUACAGAGCAUCUGUGGUGUGUCUGGUUCUGCUGUGUGUUCUUCUGCUGACUGCAGUCAUAGUGCUGUGUGUCCACAGCCAUACAAACAAAGACCUGACAAAGGAGACACAUCUGCUUGAUGGAUGGAUUUACUAUCAAUCCAGUAUUUACUUCAUUUCCUCUAAAAUAAAGAGCUGGUCUGAGAGCAGAAGAUACUGUACAGAGAAAGGAGCAGAUCUGAUCAUCAUAAACAACAGAGAGGAACAAGAUUUUGUGAAGAAAAUAUCUGCUGAUGCUAAAGUCUGGAUUGGUCUGACUGACAGUGAUGUUGAGGGCACAUGGAAAUGGGUUGAUGGCAGCACACUGACCUCUGGGUUCUGGUAUCCUCGAGAACCCAAUGGACAUAUAAGAGAGGACUGUACUCUAAAUGAUUCAUCAGGAUGGGCUGAUUAUCCAUGUAGUGACAAUUAUAAAUGGAUCUGCGAGAAGAGCCUUGUAUUGUAUUCGAUGCACUGAAAAUACAUGAAGUACAGACUGAAUGUAGUGUCGCACUGCUUUAUGGCCAGAUGAGACACAAAUAUGCAGACAUACAUAUAAGCAGGCUGCAGGCGGUUGGUUUAUUUAUUUUUGGCAUCUGGUCAUUUUCAUUAUCACAAAUUUACUUCUCUUAAAUUAAAAAAAAAACAAAAAGCUCUUUGCUGUUGCAACGUACACAAUAAUAAUAAUUGUAAAAAAAAUCUGAUUUUUUUUUCUUUCAUAUGUGCUUAUAUAGGCUCCUUUUGUGUCAUUUUGGAGUUUCUAAGUGUCUGAAAAAAGCUUGCAAAAAAUACAGAUUUUUGAGAAUCACCGUUUAAUGAUUAUUUUUUGGUUUACUUUGCUGGAUAUAUCAAAUUAUGACAAAAUAAAAAUUUGAAACAAGAUACAAGGUCUAUGCUUAAUUUCAUGAAGUGUGCGAUUAAUCACAAUUAAUCACAGAAAAAGGGUGUGAUCAAUCUGAUAAAUUUUUUUUAUCAUUUAACAGCCCUUAAAAUACAUGUCUAAAAUGCAUGUGGAAGUGGCUCUGAGGAACAGAGGGAAAUUGCACAAUAUAUUUGACUGAGUUCGCAUUAAUAUAUUAAAAUUUAGGUACUAACACUCAAUUUUUAUGGGUAAAUAAGACACAACGAUGCAUCUUUUGUAAUGGUACUGCCCCAGAGAUAACUCUUGUAUCAUUUUUUUCCAGUUUUGUGAACAAAAGCAACUAAAUAAAAAAGGUGAAUGUCAAGAUAUUCUGUAA